CUUGGACCGGUCGAAGUAAACCUACACAGCAGCCAGCUACUACGUUUCUGAAGCAUCAUGCCGGAGCAUUGUGCAGCGUUCUCCUGUAAAAAUCGGCGGACCGUACAAAACAAGACACGGGGAAUUACUUUUCACAAGUUUCCCAAAGAUGUAGAGUUACGCAGGAAGUGGGACAUUGCUGUGAGAAGACACAGAUUCACCAGCAGCAAGUCCUCUGUGCUAUGCAGUGAGCACUUCAAGGCAGAGGAUUUUGACAGGACAGGACAGAUCGUACGACUUAAAGAUGGAGUCAUUCCAUCUGUCUUUAGCUUCUCGGCUCAUCUCCAAAGACCACAGAAAGCUAGGACCACCUCCACCUCCAAAAAAGCUAAGGAAAGCCUGUCAGUGCCUUCACUGCACGACUCAGAAACCUCAGCAUCACUCCCACACCCUGAAAUCGAUCAUAGCUAUGCAUUGCCUGGUUGUCUGAAUUCUCUGAAGGCCAUAAUCAAUAGAUCCAUGGAAAGAGUGGAAAGCCUGGAGAGAGAGAGAAAGAAUACUAAGGCAAGGGAAAAAAGGGCAAGGAUUUCAAUGAAAUGUCUCUUGGAGGAUUUGAGGGAGAAGAACCUCUUAAGUGAAGAGCUCAAAGAGAGGCUGGAUUUCUACUCGGGUGCUUCUCUGUUAUUGGGUUCGUCAUCAACAUUGACGCUCUAAUGUUGAUGAUUCCUGAGCUGCUCCAAGGUCAACAGUAUGUCCUCGCAUACCAGGUUCAGCCAUGAUCACUUGGAGCUUGUUUUUAAUUCAAUCAGAGCCUCAGGGGGGUGGAACAAUAAUCCUACUGCGCUCCAGUUCCAGUCCAUCUUCCGCCGUCUGAUGGUUUGGUGUGGUGUACCACCUAGUCAGUCAGGCAACGUGGCGGCACAGGGUGAUGCUGUGUCCCUGUCGACAGUGGAGAUGUCAACUGCUGAAUUGUUUGAAGAGCUUCCAUCUCCAUCUGCCAACAUUCCAGCCGUUGUUUGUGACAGUUAUCUGCCCACUCGGUUUGGAGGCCUGGUAGACAACGCUCUUGUCUACAUUGCAGGGUUUGUUGUCCGACAGUUUCUUUGAAAGUUGCCAUGUGUGUCGUGCCAGCUUGAUGGAUAUUGCUGUAUCGUUGACAUUUGACGAGAGCUACCGCCUCCUGGCAUUAAAAAAUAAUGGUGGGUUGGUGAUUCCAUCAGAGGGCACAGUGAGGGUUGUGAUAGCAGGUGAUUGGCCAGGCUUCAACAAUGCAAGCUUCAAAUGUAUCGGUAUGUUACAAGCAUUGUCAAGGAAGAGAUUGGCACAGAGGAUGUUUUCUUGCUCAGGGAACACAUUGAGGAGAAACAGUUUGGCAUUGAUAACUAUCAUUCAAACUUGUUAUGUCUGUGUUAUUUAAAAUAAGGCGUCAACGCAUCACCAAACUCACCUCUCUUACAUUGCAGGGUGAUGGUACAAAAAAUAAGCAAUUCAAAACUGUCCUGUUUCAAGGGGUUUAGCUCAAUCCCUUUCACCAAGGAAUAGGUAACAUAGGUUAUUAGGUUACAUAAGAUUGAUUAGUGAUGGAUAGUUGAGGUUUUGUGGAGCUUGUGGCGCUUCAACCAAACUGUGUUGAUACUGUCAGUGUUGCGCAAUAGUGACAUCUGCUGGAUUUUGAGCAUCACUGCAAGCAGCCUAGUUGAGUGACUCAACUGACAUACUGACUCAAUGACCUAGUAUAUACAACAAUAUUAUUUAAGUUAUUGUAUUAUUUUAUAUCUUAUCAGAGGGUCUGGGUUUUUAUUGAAGGAAAAAAAGUUUUUCCAGUGUCUUGGCAUUCGGAUUACUUUUUUUUUUUUUUUGAUGCAACUUACAACUGCACAUUCUGAUUUCAGCCUAUUGGCUGCUUCACUGCAUUUGAAUGAACUACAAAACCUGAGUGAGUCUGGAAGUGAUGAUGGGUUCACCACUCUUAAUAACUCCAGAUUGGAAGAAGUGUCUGUAAGUUGUCACAGAGGGUGUUUAUGGAUGUGUAUUGCUGCAUGUAUGUGCAAAUUUUAAGCAUUACCCUCAAGUGCAAGAUAUAGCAUUUUCAUACGGGGAUGACCUUUGAUCUCGAAACUCUUCUCCUCAGACAACUCCACUGUAGCUUGAUAGAAAGGAGCAAGCACAAGAAGUGUUUCUCCUAUGAUGAUAAACUCGUCAGCCAUAAGUGGAGUUAUGUCUGUUUUUCUGUCAGUUUCAGGGUUGGCUAUCCCGUCCGUCUAUUGCUGAACUUGUGCAAGCUUCUCUUUGGCUGUGGUGCUUGAUCUGAAGUAUGUUACGAUUUGCCUAGAUUUGUGUCUGAUGUAAGUAGGGAUUUAAUCACACAAUUUCUUUACUAACAGAUUUAGAGUGCGUGCAAUGCAACUUGAAUGCUGAAUUUGGAGACUUUUGUAGAUGAAAUUGUGUUUGGUGCUACGUUGUGCUUGAAAAAAUCUGAUUCUUUUGGUAGAGACACAUCUUGUUGGCAAAUGGCAGAUGCACUGCCUUAUGAACAGUUUGGCGCCUCAGUAAGAGACAAAACGGCAGCUGUGUCGGUCACAUGACUAAGAUUGAUUAGAUGAGAAAGAAAGGCUGUAGAUGGCAUAUGUUUUCAGUUUGUUACAGAUGACAUUGUAUAUUGUGUGAAUAACUUAAUGUAACAGAUGUAUUUAUGUAUUUCAAAUAUCUUUGUGUAUACACAGUGAUUACACUGUCGGUGUUUACAUGUAUGAAUAUGUUGGUCUGAAAUAAAGUUUAUACAAUUGUCAAACUCAAAA